AUGAGCACUUCCGGUGCAUGCUCUACAUACCCCGACAACUGUGGAGAGCUACAACCAAAUGCUGAUAUCGCCGGAAAAGGGGUCUUUGCCUCUCUCCUAAGUUCAGCAUGUCUCACACUCCUCGCCGCAAUCUUCAAGUACUUCACAAACUUCCGCGUCAAACACGCCAAAUUGAUCGAAUUCGGAGACUUACCCCAACAAAAUUCCUUCCGCAACCUCCAGAUCCUCUUCGGGCGCCUCGCAAAACACAUGAGCGUGGAGACCGCAACCCUCUGGAACAACACCCUUCACUCCCUCAUCAUCGGCCUCGCAGACCAACAAGCUUUCGUCGCCCUCGCUAUCCUCACCGUCGCUGCGGUGCAACGAGAUAGUAUCUCCAUCUACCACUUUAAUAUCGUCAGUUAUCUCGCUUGGUACUCAUCAUUUACGCAUGCUAUGACACUGCUCGUGCUCGUGGACUGGAUGGUACAGUCGAAAUUCCUGUUUUACUUGCGCAUGUCUAUAUUUGCUGUGGUGAUCGGUAUGGUCACCUGGUCGCAACUUGCCAGCUUCGAUUACAGCGACGCCUUGAAUGGACGUGUAGCGGCGUGUCCUAAUAUCUGCAAUGCCCAACCCGCAGCCCUACACACGCGCUUGCGAAUUGCAUGUCUCUUCGCCUGCGCGAUUCAGAUCAGUAUCGAGAUCCUUUGGGCGUCUAAACGCUGGAAAAAGUCGACCACAGCAUAUGCAAUUAUAGUCGCCACACGCACGUUCCAUAUCGUCUGUUUUGUCUCGACGAUGUUCAUGGUUGCCGGGAUUGGCAAUAUUGGGUUUGUGAGGGAUACGAGUCGAUAUCAGGGGCUGGUGAAAGCGGAGGGAUUUGACGAGCAGGAGAAUGCGUGGGGGUUUGGACAGUUGGUUCCGUUGAUUAUGUUGGGGGUACCGGUUGUUGGGGCGGUUGAGGGGUUUGUUGAUGAACGGAAAAGACUUUCCUUAACACCAAAGGACAGCUCGGAUUUCGAAAGCGGGCACAGCAGUAACACCGCUGAUGUCGAUCAUUAUUGUCUGAACUGUUACUGUCCCAACUGCACUAGUUCAUCUAGAAGAAGAACCCUUGAACCAGGACCAUAA